AGUUACAAGUGGAGUACAAAUAAUAAAACGUAAAGGUAUGUUUUAUUAUAAGUACAAAUAAUAAAACGUAAAUGUAUGUUUUAUUAUUUGUACUCCAAUAAGGAUUGUAAAGCAUGGUCUCCUACGUUUACAUUGUUCUAGGAAUUCUCAUGUUUAAAAACUUUAUUCAUUCUUCCAAAGGAUUGUUUAGAAACUUCACCGAUAUAUGGCUUACUAAUCACAUAUUUUACAACGUGGCCCCAGAAUUGCCACCACACAUGGUAAAAGCAGUAAAGUACAGCAUAGAAUACUUAAACCAGCAAACAUGUAUCCAAUGGCUCCAGCGAGAUCCUGUAGACACAAGUGUAACAGAAUUCGUAAGCUUCCAAUACUUUUACCAUGAAGAUCCAGUGGAUGAAGGUUGUGAAUCUAGCGUCGGCUGGAAGAGACGUGGUCAACAGGUGAUUCUCCUAGGACCAAAAUGUAUGAAUGACACAGUUAAUGGUCAAAGGACUUCGGUUUUACACGAAAUGAUGCACACUAUGGGGCUGAAUCACGAGCACCAGCGGUACGAUCGUGACUGCUACAUCGAGGUCCACAAAGUUUUUGUAAGUAAAUUCCCAAACGACUUGGGAAUAAAACCGUGGCCAGAAUACUGGACAGACUGGCCCUACGAUUUCCACAGUAUCUUACAUUACCAAGGUGGUUACUUCUAUCCGUAUGAUGAGACUAUUAAGAAAAUGGGAAGAACAGACGGAACGCUUUCAAAGUACGACAUCGAACGGUUGGAAUAUCUCUACUGUGGGAAGCCUAGCUUUUGCAGUCAACCGGGUAAUCAGAACAAAUGCGCCCAGUUAAGAGCAGAAAAGAAAAGGAAUCCUAAAUGUCCAAGCAAUCUUCCUUGAGUGAAAUAUAGGUUUUACUUGUACUUUUAUUGUACGUGGAACAUUGUCUUUAUACGUGGAAAUAAAAAUUUAUGUUUAAAUGGUUUAAAA